AUGAUUCGAGCCGAUGAAAAAGAAAGUGCUCAUCAAGGAUAUCAUUAUAUUCGCAUUCUCGAUGCUAAAAAUGAGCCGCUUUGUAAUCUUCUAUCCAUCGACGACAUAGCAGAUGUACCGAUCGUCUCCCUUGAAGAUUCCAUAGAGCCACUUCGUGCAUGGUCACCAAUGAUACGUAAGUUUGCAUUGUAUCUCAAGUACCGUUGUUCACAACUCCCGCCCGAUGGCUUAACUGUCGAUGAAUCAGCUGCCAUUAUGUUCUACACCACCGGAUGGUCGCCACUAAAUGAAUGCUUGUACGUGGGUUUGAACGAAGCUCUGCGUUCGAAAGAUCGAGAGAAACUCAAACCUUGGUACUCGUAUCUGAAAAUUUUAUUGACUGCUCUUGCUCGUCUUCCGCCAGUCGAAAAGAAUAUCUAUUGUGGAUUGAAAAGUAAUCUUUGUGAACAGUACACUGUUGGUGAAACUUAUACAUGGCGGGGAAUUACUUCCUGCUCAACACUGAUGAAUAUUUUGACAUCAUGGAACUUCUCGCAUGUCGAAGCAGAUCGAAUCAUGUUCAAUAUCAAGUGUAAAAGUGCAAGAAAUAUUACGAAUCAUUCUACUUAUAAAUCAGAUGAUGAAUUCGUUCUGUUGCCUGGUACACAAUUCAAAUGUCAGGGUUAUUUCGAUCAAGGAAAUAAUUUUCGUGUGUACGAGCUAGAAGAGAUCUCUCCACCAUCGAUUCUGGAUAAACUAGCCACUACGAAAGCAGCAGAAAAGGAAGAGGCAACAACCGUUGCUCAUGCACCGUUAGAAUUCUCCAGGAUGCAGAUACUUCAAUUCUUUGCAAUGUUAAAAAGAAAACGAUGGGUGAAAACCGGAUCAACUGUUGCUGGAGGAAAUGGUCUUGGAAAAGAAUUAAAUCAAUUAUUUCUGCCUGUCAGCUUUUGUAUGGACAAGGAUAAGAUGUUUUACAUCGCUGACACGUGUAAUAAUCGUAUUAUGAAAUGGAAAUGUGGCGGUGGACGAGGUCGUGCCAUUGCUGGUGAUGUAGAAGGCGGUAAAGGUGUGCAUCAAUUGGAAAGACCAUCUGACAUUGUUCUAGAUCCUGAUGAAACCCACAUAGAUAUUUGCGAUGCUGGUAAUCGACGAAUCAUUCAAUGGUCACGACAAGGUGGUACGCAAGGAAAAAUACUUUUUUCGAAUUUCGAUUGGCAGCGAUUGACUGUGGAUAAGAAUGGAUAUUUUUAUCUCUCGGACGAUCGAAAAAGUGAAAUCACACGUUGGAAAAUCAAUACGCGUCAUGGAACAAGCUUCGCGGGUGGAAAUGCACCUGGUUCACGACUCGAUCAACUCAAUAAUCCAACUUCUGUGUUUCUCGAUCCGAAUUUUUCAAUUUAUAUAUCAGAUACGAAUAACCAUCGAGUACUGAAAUGGUCAGAAGGUGCAAAAGAAGGAGUUCUUGUUGCUGGCGGCAAUGGAGAAGGAAGUAGGAUUGACCAAUUGGCGAAUCCUCGUAGGAUAUUCGUUGAUAGUUCAGAAAAUGUCUACAUAGCUGACACAGAUAAUCACCGAAUCAUUUGUUGGCUAAAAGGAGACGAUCAAGGAUAUAUUGUUGCCGGUGGUAAUGGCGAAGGUGAUGCAGCGGAUCAAUUGCGAUAUCCAAAAGAUUUUUUGUUCGAUCGGAAUGAUAAUCUUUACGUUCUCGAUAGUGGAAAUCAUCGCAUACAACUAUUCAGUCGCGAUUACAAUUAA